UGUUCGCCCCUUUCUUCGCCGCUUCCCUCUUUUUCUCCCUUUGCUCGCAUCCUCCCUCGCGAUCCCAUCCCAAACAUCACUCUUCUGCCCAUACGUACAUCGUUAUCUUAUUCUCGCCUCCUUUUCCACCCCCAACCCCCCACAAUCCCCGUCUCCGACUACGUAGCGCCCCACCGCAGAACCUAGCGGAGCCCGCAAACAACUAAGCCGCCUCUUUUUCCUCCACUCAGGCUAACACAUCUCACUUUUUUCUGCCGUCUCUGCUGUGUUCUAUCCAACCUCUCUGGCUGUUUCUAUAAUCGUGUACCAGAUCUCUUUAUCGUAUUCGGACCUCAAGAGAUCUUGAUUAGUGAUCAAGCAGGUCUUUGUCACAAUGGCACAAAUUGUCCCUUCCAUUACUUCUUUGCCCGUCGAUUCCAGUGCGGCGCCAUCAGUUGAGGAUCUCCAAGAUCGUCUCCCAUCGAUUUGUGUAGAUUAUCUCUCUCAUGAUUGGUCUGAGGAAGAUGUUUGGGCUUCUUGGAGAAAUAUGACUCGUCACAAACACGAGAUCGCCAAUGGCGUACGAUUAGAGAACGCCAGUUGGCGUACGUGGCAAAAACAGCGCAACAACUUGAAGACCAUUAAUCCGGAGACUCUCAAUUGGUUAAAAGACUCCGACGUAACCUGGCUAUACGGUCCCCUUCACACCGCCAGCGUUGAGCCUGUUCGCGCACCCAAGGUUGCUUCCACGGACGAGCGGCUCGGCAUCGACCGACCUAAUCCCGCGGCAAAGAAGAAGACCACAAAGCCUAUUCUUAAGCAUCGUACUAUUUCCGAGAUGCUCGCAACCUCCAUGCCCAGUUCUCCUGUGCUCGAGAGUGCCGUCGGCGAGCCAGUACCUGCGACUAUCGCAAGCGUCAGCGAUCGCCCUAAACUCCCUCAGACAAAGUCUGACACCAAUGUCUUGCAAUCGCAAGGUGUCAUGCCGCGAAACAAAAGCCCUCCUCGUCACCCAAAUCUCCGAGAAGAACUGCCAAUUGAUUCUCCCAUUUCUCCCACCGAGUCCCAACAAAAUGCAAACAAGAAACACAUCAGCUUUAAUACUUUUGUCGAACAGUGCGUGGCUAUCGAAGAUCCAUCGCAGGUGCCACCGCAAGAGAACAAGGGACCCGAGGUGUUGGAGAUGAAACCUGCUCAUGAAAGGCGCGAAUCUCACGGCUCUCGACCUAGUCUUAGCCGUCAAUCAUCUUCCACUAGUUCCGCCGAGCGUCUCACCAUUUCCAUGCUCGCUCCGACUACGUUGAAGCCCGGUCCCGGUACCAAUCCCGAUUUGCAGAUGGUUUAUGUUCCCCCAGUUGAGUAUCAGUCUCCUGAUCGUGACGACCAGCGUGACGCGUACGACUUUCCUUCCCCAGAGGUUGAUCCAAGGACAGGAUUGGAAGAGAGUGAGAGGGAAUAUGGACAGGGCGAUUACCUUAGUCCUGGAAGCCCGGCCACGAAGGAGAGGAAGGGCGUCCCCAUACCUGGACGUGACGGCUCUCCCAUGCAGUCCAAAAGGCAACCUUCCAGUCCUCAGCAAGGCAAGGCCGAGCCUUUCUCUUAUUCACCCUCCAGCUCCACUUCCUCUUUCAACGUAUCUUCCUCACCUCAACCUGGCCGUGGAAUUCUCAAGACGCGAACUCCUAGUCAUGAGAUUCCAGAGUCCGAGAGUCCACCUCUGGCUGAAUUUGAUUAUAACCCAUCUGCUGCCACAGGCAUUGGUGGUAUGAGGGGUUCAGGCAGUUCAUAUGAUUAUGCGAGCGGGUCUGCCUCGCCACUAAUGGCUCCUGAAAUUGUAGGGGGAGAGCGCGGAAGGGCGCAAUCCAGGGAACAUUGAGUAUUGUUUGUAAAACACCUGCUUUCGAUGAAUUAUCUCUUGCA